CACUUACACCAAAAAAUAUAACCCAUUUGUACACCACAGAUUUGCACAAACAUUUCGAUGGUUUACACCGACACAAGUGUUGGUGCGUUAAUAAAAAUUCACACGGACACAAAUGUUGGUGCGUUUAACAAAAAUUAAUUUUACACCAACACAAAAUGUUGGUGCAAAACUGCGGUGUACAAAUUGGGUACAAAACUUGGGUACACAUAGCAUAAUCCUAAUUCAAAAGCUUAACUUGCCAAUCUCAUCAAUUCCAACCUCCUCCUUUUUCAUCUCAUUUUAAUAAAGAAUUCAGAAAAUGGAAAUACCUGUUGCUUACUCCUUGCUCCUCCUUCUGCUCCACCUCCAGAUAUUCACCUCGGAGUCACAAUCAUCUCCUCCGACAGUAUGCAUACUCGGCAGCGGAAUCGGCGGCUCUUCCGUGGCGCAUUUCCUCCGGACCUAUUCCGAUCCAUCUCAACCCCAAGUGGGCUCUAUAAGAAUAUUUGAGCGCCAUGGUGUGGUCGGUGGCCGUAUGGCAACGGUCACAGUCGCCGGCGAUACUUUUGAGUCAGGCGGCUCCAUUCUUCAUCCGAAGAACUACCACGUUCUGAACUUCACUAAGUACCUGAACCUCACCGUCAAAAAGCCUUCGGCUGAAUCGGAUUCUUCUUUUGGCAUUUGGGACGGCAAUAAGUUCGUCUUCAAAACAUUGACUUCAAAUUGCAGGCUCCAAAUUCUUCGAAAAAUCGUGUCUAUCGCCAAUUCCGUCCUCAUUUUUCUUCGAUACGGAUUCUCACUCUUUAGGAUGGAAAAUUUUGUAGAGGGAUCUGUGAAUAAUUUCUUAAAGUACUAUGAAGGAUUAGAGUCUCGGCCAGUGUUUGAGGAUGUUGAGCAAAUGCUUAAAUGGUCAGGGCUGUUUAACUUGACAACACGAACAUUGGAAGAAGAGUUGACUGAUGCGGGCUUAUCUACUACCCUUAUUCAAGAACUUGUCACAGUUAUCACAAGAAUCAAUUAUGGGCAAAGUGUCUCCAUGAGUGGUCUUGCUGGUGCAGUUUCAUUGGCAGGAUCUGGGGGAAAUUUAUGGUCUGUUGAAGGGGGAAAUUGGCAAAUGGCAGCUGGUUUAAUAAACUGUUCAAAUGUUGAAUUGCACCUUGGUGAAGAAAUAGAUUCCCUCUCUCAUUUUGGGGAACAAUAUGACCUCAAAACAACCAAGGGAACGAACUACUCAUGUGAAGUUGUGGUGGUUGCUACACCCUUGGAUGAAUUAAAUAUUCAUUUUGUGCCUGGAAUUUCAAUCCCCCCUAGGAAGCUACAGCACACCCAUACAACUUUCAUUAGGGGUCUCUUAAAUCUCUCUUAUUUUGGCUUUAGGUCAUUGUCAGAUAUUCCUGAAUUGGUUGGCACAAUAGAGACUUCUGUAGUUCCAUUUUCAAGUAUCUCGAUUCUCAAGCGACACAGUGAUCAUGAUAUGACCUACAAAAUGUUUUCACGGAGUCAAAUGGAAGAUGAUUUAUUGGAUCAAAUCUUUAGUGUGAGAAACGAAACUAUCAAAAUUGACUGGGCUGCAUAUCCCGUCUAUCAAGCUCCUGAGGUAUUUGCGCCGCUUGUUUUGGAUGGUCGGCAUCUGUACUAUGUUAAUGCUUUUGAGAAUGCGGCCAGCACAAUGGAGGCUAGUGCUGUAUCAGCUGAAAAUAUAGCACGCCUAAUCCUCUCGAGACUCACCUUUGAAGCACGUCCAGUUUCUCACUUGGGAAGUGCCAGGGAUACAUCCAAAAUGCAUUCUGAACUAUAAGCUUUGCUGCAUUAAGUGGUGUACCAAUUUAGCUGUAAUACUUAAACUGUGUGGCUCUAAUGCUCUAUGUAUGUACGUAUCAUGUAUACAUGAACGGAGUUACCCUAAUGACCCAAGUCACUUCACUAUUUUCCACUGUAAGAGUUCCCACCAUUGUAUAAUAUGGCCUAGGGUUUCCACUGUGACCUAGGGUUGUAAAACAAACGAAUAAUUUGGAUUCGAUUAAUCAAUGAUUUGUAUUCGA